UGUAAUUGUAAAAUGUCGAAUUCAAUAGCAGAGUGGCAUAUAUGAUACUGUAUGUAUUUAAUAUUUAGAGCUUGCAUUUAGUAUGUCUUUCUAAAAUUUGAAGUCCGGUGCAACAAGUUCCGCGUUCACUGACACGGGCAUCGACGCCGCGACGAAGAGCGACGAUGGAGACGGUGAGAGAGGACAUCGACGGCUGCCGGCGGCGCCGAGCCCCGAGGUUGCGCGGCCACUCGACGUCGGGACGCCAUCGUCGAAGGACGCAUGAAUAUGUAUACUGUCGCGAUCGUAGUCGAUUGAAUUUCAAACGCUAAGGCAAUUCGACCGCGAUUUGCUCGCACGUAAUAUGACCAUCGCAAGAUAUGUCGUGAAAUUAAUAUCGAUCGCGAUCAUCAAUGAUUGCAGCAUAGUGUCAGUGAACUUUAAUGAACUUUAAGCUCCUUAUUGGGUGGAUACUUUAUUUUCACGGUGUCGAUUAACCAAAUUCAAGUUCGCAGAAUUCAUCAAUUCAAUAAACCAACUCCCUUCUAUCCAACACGCGAAUCUGCAAAUUUUUCUACAAAGUCGUAAUAACUCGGGCCAAGUAAGAACGCAUACAAGUGGCGGCGGCCUCACCUUGCGGAUGAUCGAGAUUGAAAAUCAAUCGGGUUUGCAUGCUGAUAAUCUGGGGCAGAAUAAAGGUGGUAACGAGGGUGCCGAUAACGGUGAUAACAACGAGAUUGGUGAUACAGUCACCGUGACAAAUUCGAGGGACGUAGGUUCGAUGAGAAAAGAAGAUCAAGACAAACCGCGGACUCGCGAAAACUCACCGAAGAGCGGCGGCGCCGCGAACAUCGCGACGCCCACAAUAACGUCAGCAAUGCCGGUGGAGGAUGACGAGGAGGACGAGGAAGAGGACGAGGAAGUGGAGGAAGAAGAGGUCGUAAUAGAAGAGGACGAAGAAGGGGAUGAAGAGGGUGGAAUCGCAGUGGAGGGUGGAAUCGCAGUGGAGGGUGGAAUGACGAUGCAAGAAGAGAUCGGGGGUGUGUCGGUUGAUGGUGAGGGUGGGGGUGGAGGCGGCAUGGCCGGCUUCUGGAGGCAGAGCAGACCCUCCAGUCCCCGCAUGCCGCCUCCGGAGCAGUCGGAACAGUCGAGCCGACCCAAGAGCCGGCACGAGUUACAAGCCGCGAGAUACAACAACCUCGGCUACUGGCGUGCGAGAAGAGUCACCUUUUACAAAAAUGGCGAUCCCUAUUUUCCUGGCAUCGAGUUCCGAUUCAAACCUGGACGUGACAUUGGUUCUUUGGAGGCCUUACAGGACAGACUGUCCCUUCGGAUGGAUCUACCGAGAGGUGCACGUCAUAUCUUUUCGAUGGACGGUGAUCGGAAGAUCAGUCUCGAUGAGCUCGAAGACGGUGCCUCCUACGUAGUGUCCAGCUACAAAACAUUCAAGCCGGCCAGUUAUGGGAAGAAAAAUAACACUUGGUAUACAAGCCCGGCAGGCGGUGGAGGCAGUAGAAGCGGUGCCACCGGAACCGGAGGUGCAGUUGGAGGAUGGCAAAGUAGACCACCAGUAGUGCCGAGUCUUAGUCGGAAAGCUUCCAUCACCGAAGAAGCACCACCCCCUGGCGGUGGAAAGCCUUCUUCGGGUCGUGUCAUUCGUAUUGUCAACAACCAUGAUCAUACUGUUCAGUGCCGGGUUUUACUAAAUCUUCGCACAUCACAACCUUUCGAGGAAGUUCUAGAAGAUCUUGGACAAGUAUUGAAGAUGAACGGAGCCAAGAGAAUGUUCACUGUUUCAGGACAAGAGGUGAGAAGUUUCUCGCAGCUGAGAAAUGAGUUUGCAGAUAUGGAUACGUUUUAUCUGGGUACUGGAUCAGCUCUCGUUAUGGCCGGUGGUAUCACAGCAUCCCCGAUACGGAGAUCGAGAUCACGUGGACCACCUACUGUUGUAGAAGACAUUAGUCGUCAGAGAAGAGCUCGCAGCAAGAGCAGACCUCGAGCAUUAUACAUGCCUGAUUCAGAAGUUAUUCGAGUAAACGAUUAUAGCGUUGUGGAAGUACUACGCGAAGAACCAGCCAAAGUGACGAUCAGGGGACUUAGACGAUCGUUCUAUCCCCCUUCCCAUUUACCACCAGUAGACAAUUCGCCACCUGAAAAAAAGUUACAACUUGAGUGGGUUUAUGGUUAUCGAGGAACUGAUACUCGCAGAAAUCUUUGGGUUUUGCCGAGUGGCGAAUUAUUAUAUUAUGUCGCAGCUGUGGCUAUUCUUUUCGAUCGAGAAGAAAGUGCGCAACGACAUUAUAUCGGUCAUACAGAAGAUAUUACGUGUAUGGAAGUUCAUCCUAGUAGAGAACUCGUUGCGUCAGGUCAAAAGGCGGGUAGGCACAGAAAGGCGCAGUCGCAUGUUCGUAUAUGGUCGACGGAAACUCUUCUUACCUUAUACGUAUUUGGUAUGACCGAAUUUCAGAUGGGCGUUUCAGCAUUAGCGUUUUCACAAUUGAAUGGUGGUAGUUACGUACUCGCCGUGGAUGCCGGAAGAGAAGCCAUACUUUCAGUAUGGCAGUGGCAAUGGGGUCACUUGUUGGGCAAGGUCGCUACCAUGCAAGAAGAUCUCACGGGAGCGGCAUUUCAUCCAUUGGACGAUAAUCUUUUAAUAACGCAUGGGCGUGGUCAUUUGACUUUCUGGAAUCGGCGAAAAGACGGUUUCUUUGAGCGAACCGAUAUCAUUAAACCGCCAUCUCGUACACAUGUGACAAGUAUUCAGUUUGAACAAGAUGGUGAUGUCGUCACAGCGGAUAGUGACGGUUUUAUCACAGUAUAUUCGGUGGAUGCAGAUGGGGCAUAUUUUGUGCGAAUGGAAUUCGAAGCGCACAACAAAGGCAUUAGCUCCCUCGUCAUGUUAUCGGAAGGCACAUUACUUUCUGGUGGCGAAAAAGAUAGAAAAAUAGCAGCUUGGGAUUCAUUACAGAACUAUAAACGCAUUACCGAUACAAAGUUGCCAGAAUCGGCGGGCGGAGUCCGCAGUAUAUAUCCGCAACGACCUGGACGAAAUGAUGGGAAUAUUUAUGUGGGAACUACGCGAAACAACAUACUUGAGGGUUCUCUGCAGAGAAGAUUCAAUCAAGUUGUUUUUGGUCAUGGCAGACAACUAUGGGGUUUGGCGGUUCAUCCUGAUGAUGAGGUCUUUGCUACUGCAGGACAUGACAAAAAUAUUGCUCUCUGGCGAAGACACAAGCUAUUGUGGACCACGCAGGUGGGUUUCGAAUGCAUAUGUAUAGCCUUUCAUCCAUUCGGCGUGGCAUUAGCGGCAGGAUCGUCCGAAGGUCAUCUUUUGGUACUAGCAGCUGAUACCGGCGCCGCCGUAGCAACUCUUAGAGUUUGCGGAUCGCCUUUAUCUUGCAUCGGAUAUAAUCCUACUGGAGAAAUUGUGGCUAUGGGUUCCCAAAACGGCAGCGUAUAUCUCUUUAGAGUAUCUAGGGAUGGAUUUUCGUAUAAAAAGAGCAACAAAAUCCGCGGCACACAGCCGUUGAUACAACUCGACUGGAGUUCUGAUAGCCGCUUUCUCCAAACUGUCACUCAAGAUUAUGAUCUUGUAUUCUGGGAUGUCAAGGUGCUAUCAUCAGAAAAGAGUCCUUUAGUUAUGAAAGACGUCAAAUGGUACACUCAUAAUUGCACUGUUGGUUAUAUGGUUUCUGGACAAUGGAACAAUCGUUAUUAUCCACUGACCACAGUUAUCACCACCUCUAGUAGAUCAGCGGCACAUGACAUGCUGGUAAGCGGCGAUGCCGAAGGUUAUCUUCGGCUCUUUAAGUAUCCAUGCACCAAUGCCAAGGCCGAGUAUAUUGAGGAGAAAGUGUAUAGUUCAUUGGUAGCCUGCGCCAGAUUCCUCUACAAUGAUCAAAAUAUCGUCACCGUCGGCGGCACUGAUGCUGCUCUGAUGCUUUGGGAAUUGGUCGAUGAAUAAAACAAAAUAGAAUUACUAAAAAUAACAUAUCCAUUAUUCAUGUAUUUGUAGCGAUAAGUAGCGAUAAGUACGAGGUGCUGGCGCCUCUUGGUAAACUUUAAGCGAUGAGUGGGGCUCGUAUGUUGAUGAAAUUAACAUAUAAUAUAUGUUAGAUAUUCCCAUCGAAUAAUGAGAAGUAUAAAUGUGCGGAAGAGAAUAAUUUUAAUUGAAAAAUUCAAUUUUACACACAGACACACAAUAUUUUGCGCUUUCAGAUAUUUUAUGCUAUUUCCAAUAUUUUAACGGCUAAAUCUUUACAUUAGUGUUAUCCAUUUUUCAAAUAACCUUCACUUUAAUCUUAAUGUUGUCUUUAUAAUUAUAUAAUAUAUUACUAGACUGAACUCUUAAAAGAUUUUAAUCGCGCGCGCCUCCUUUGGUAAAAAAUUUAUUAAAAUAUUAAUAUAUAAUAAGUUAUAUAAUAACAAAUAAAGUUCGUGCAAAUCAAGAUUUGAAUGCAGACAAUGAACAACUCAAUAUCAAACAUAAUUUAGAUAUUGUUAUUCAUACUAUACACAUUUAUAUACAUAUAAAUCUUUAUUUAGAGAGAAUAUUCUAUAAAAAGUUCUACCUUUUACUCUCAAUUCUAUCUACGAAUUAGUAAACUUAAUAAAGAAACUUUCUAAUGUCAUAAAAAUGUGAUUGCAAUAAAUACAAUUUUUGAAAACCGAAAAGCAAAUUUUUAAGGAAUAUUUCAUUAACAUUUGAGCUUCACAAUAAAAGUAGAUUUUAUUGUGGUAUAUAUUAUGUUAUUUAAGACAUAGUAUAUAUAGAUUCAGCGCGCGAACGAUUUGUUAGUCUGAAAAAUAUGUAGAAAGAAAGAGAUGAUCGAGAAAAGAUUUUAUCCUCCCCUUCCCUCCUCCCACUCUCUCUUUAAUCAUGAAUUGAUUAUUUUGCAAACAUCAGUGUAUAUGCAAAUCGGGGAAAAAUAUUUUUCUAAUUCUCUUUUUUGUCCUGAUUCAUAUUAUACG